CGAUCCCUAGGCCUACACUGUUACUCAUCCUCCCAUCCGCGUAGUAGGUCCUGGCUCUGUUAUACUGAUCUAUUAAAUGCAAGUGGAUCAUAGUUUACGAUAACUCUCUACUUGAGCUUCGGAAACGCUCAAGAUGACUCUACUUCUCGUUGCCUUGUCGAGCCUUUUGGUCGGGGCACAGGCCCUGCUGCCUCACCUCGAUGUCUGCAACUCCCACCAGACCGCGCCAUCGUUCAACGAAGCUUUCAUAGAGAAGAUGCGAUCCAACUCUGCGGGCUACUCCUUCAUCUUCACUUCAGGACCAACGUUCGGUUGCCAAAAGAUUAAGUUUUACCCCAACGGCUCUUUCUUCUACGAUUUCGUCGAGUUAGGGAAGAGACGCGUGAACGCUACAGGAACUUACAUUAUGACACCUUUCUCCUACACCUCCCCAGCACGCAUCACUCUGACGUCUCUGCCUUAUGGAGAACUUGGGUCCUUCUUGGGCACAACGAGCUUCAGUGUCAUGGCGGCGACUGACGAGUACAUGGCGCUGCUCGCCUGCGUCAGCUUAGGCCUCACCCGCACCCAAGAACUUCACAUCCUGGUUCCGCAGACUCACGUCGGUUCGAUUUCAGUAACAAAUCUGAACAAGACAAUUCAGGACUCACAGCUGCCUCGUGUAAGAUAUUUACGUGAAGUUGAACAAACGUGCAAUGCAGGUUUUCGUGAUUUUGGGAACAUUUUUCACCUGCUGAACAAAUUCAAGUACAACACCCUGCACCGUUUGAGUCUAUUGUACCCAGGGGGCCUGGUCGUUGAGAAGUCUCUCCAUAAAUCACUUACCAGCCAUGAUAGGCCAUUCUCCCGCAGUGCUUCUACGUCGAAUGGCGUUCCAUCUCUUAUAUUUAAAACUGCAAUAAAUGCACAAUCUAUUCCCCACCGUGGACCGCCGUCAUUCAGUGCUCGACACAACGCUUGGCUUGAGGUUAAUAAGGGACAGCCGGGCAUAAUAAAUAAAUCACAAACCGGCGUUCAGUUUGGUGGCGCGGCCUCUGUAGGGCCGUCUGCGGAAGUAUCACCCACAGUUUCUACACCGAGAGGGAAUUUUACUGUAUUCUCCUCUUCCAAAUUGUCUGUGCUUCCUUCAUCCGGCUCUCGUAGCCAUUAACUGCGAAUCUAUCCAUGCCAUUAGGUGCUUUCGUCGACUCAAGCGCUUCAACAUGAAAAGUUAGCAUUAAUACGUAAACUCGAAUUCAAUGGUGGCGUUAAUGACAACCACUGGUUCUUAUACUAGUAGUUAAUGCUUAGCAGUAACCAUAAUAAAAUGAACAUUUCACAUACUUUUAGUGCAACAAUGUUUUGGAGUUUCGAUCGUUCAUCAAUUAAGUAAAGACAUUAUUUUCAAACUGAGUGCUUAAAGUUUACGAGACUCGUGAUGCGGUUGGGAGGCAUGUAACACGCUACCUAGCUGACGAUGAAAUAUUCUUCGAAUCGAAUGAGCCUUGUUAUGAUUUAUAUUUGGCGUUUACCUAACAAUAUGGAUUGAUUCGAUGUACUAUUUUUUGCUUGGUAAGAAAUACCUGUGUCGUGCUUAAUUAAUAGGUUUUAGCUGUGAUGCUUAAUAGAUUUUACUGAACUGAUGAACACAAAGACGAUCUUCAGUCAACGUUCGCUCAUUUUUUGUCAAUUGAUUUUAUUUCAAAAUUUUACAUACAAUAGUUAUUUAUAAAAUAAUGUAAUAAUUUUCAUGGUAAUUUAUCAUCCGAAUUAUUCCUAAAUAAGUUGCAUUCACCAGAUUCUGGAAUAUGUUUCAGACGUUUUCUUAUCAACAAUUGGCAGAGAACAGCAUUAUAGGUACAUGAUAAAAAGUGGUACGACGACUGUUUCUUUUCAUGAUGAGGCCAAUACGAAGUUUUUAAUGAGACACGCACGCAAAAAAACUGGUUCUUGGACUCCAUUACAUGGAAUGUAUACAGCGUUUCAUUCCUCAAGUUUCGUGUUGGUCGGUUUUUGGACUUUAUUGCGUGGAAUGCACAGGUACAGUGUUUCAUGCCUCAAGUUUUGUGAUCGUUUUUGGACUUCAUUACGUGGAAUGUGUGCAAUGCAUACCAUUUUAAACGUUUUUCCCUGAAAAAAUUGCAUCAAUAAAAUACUGAAUUCAA